AUGGAGCCCCCACCUCCCCUCCGCGUCGGCUUGCUGGCGCUGAAGAGCCCGUUCCAGGGCCUCCCGCCCGUGCUCGACCUGGUGACCUCCUUCCUGCUGCCGCCCACCAUCGACCGCGCCGUGUACCGCAGUCUGCACCGCGUCCUGGCGGUCUACGAGCCCUCUCGACCGUACACCGUCGGGGCCAUGGACGGCUCCGCAGCCGCCGGACGCCUCGGGCUCGUGCAAUGGCUACACGCCAACAGAAGCGAGGGCUGCUCGCCCGCCGCCUUCAUUGGCGCGGCCGCCCACCGCCACUUCACCGUCCUCGAGUGGCUCUACGAGCACUACCCGCAGGUGGCGGACCCGGCCCGAGAGCUCGUCGUAGCGGCCCAGCACAGCCGCAUUGAGGCGCUGAGCUUCCUGCUGCCCAGAGUGAGGCGCGAGCAGGUGGAGCCGGCGCUCGAAGCUGCAGCCGCCAAUGGGCACGUCGCAGUGCUGGAGCACCUACUCAACCGACCGUACAGUAUGAGGAGGUCGCUGCUGGCUGCGGCGGAGAACGGGAGGACGCAGGUGGUGCAGUUCCUACUGGGGAGGGGGUACACAGACAGGUACAUGCUCGUGAACCCGGCGCUGAUUAAGGCGGCGGAGGGGGGACACUGCGACGUGGUGGAGUUGCUG